GGAGGUUCAAAUCAUAGUUUAACGAUACUGCAUCGCAUCCACGGGCAGGCGCUGGCCAGCCGCUUCGCGCGCGCCGUGUGCGUGGAGCUGCCGGGCCGGCAGAUGGUGCGCGCGCUCGUGCGCGGCGCCGUCGACGUGUGCUCCGAGCUCAUCUGGCUGACGCGGGAGGUCGAUACGCCGCACACCUACCCGCACCAGCGCGAUGACCUGUGCGUGGUGGUGCGGCGGCAGCAGCGCGUACCGCAGACCAUCCUGCGCUCCUUCUCCGCCGACACGGACGCGGUGCUGGGCGCGCUGGACGCCUUCGUCAACGGCGGCUUCGCCGAGCGCGCGGGCGACGGGCGCGCCAACGCGCUGCUUCUGCUGCUCAGCGCCGCGGGGCUCGUGCUCGUCAACGCCUUCACCGGCCGCUUCAUGAGCUUCCUCACCGUGCUGGGCGACCCGCCGCAGCUGGACACGCUGCGCGACGUGGCCGCGCACGUCGACCGCGUCUACGGCGACGCCACGCUGCGCAGACAGCUCCACUCCGCGCACCCCGACGACGUCAUCUGGAAGCUGCUCGACAUGCUGGCGGAGGCGCCCCAGGACGGCAACCCGCUGGACGUGGCGCGGCGCGAGUUCGCCGAGGAGGAGCGCGGGCCGGCGUACAUCAUGUCGCUGGAGCAGGCGCGCCUGCUGGUCGAGGGCCGCAACAUGACGGACGCGGCGACGGGCGCGCCUCUGGCGCACCUGGUGGCGGAGCGCGCGCUCUCGCUGGCCUACGUGGCGUUCAUGACGCGGCCGCGCUGGCCCCAGCGCGCGCGCUUCGACCGACUGCUGCAGUUCGCGUUCGAGGCCGGCCUGCCCCUCAAGUUCGACAGCGACUACAGGCGGGAGCUGCGCGCGCUCGGCAUCCUGCACCGCGGGCCCGCCCUGGCCGGGGCCGCUGGCGCAGAGGCCGAGGAGCCGCGCGCGCUGCGCCUGCAGGCGCUGAUGGAGCCCGCCGCCUACCUGGGCGCAGGGCUGCUCGCCGCCGCCGCCGCCUUCGCCGCCGAGGUGGCGCAGGGCGCGCUCGCCUGCCGCCGCCGCCGCCGCCGCCGCCGCCUCCGCCGCCGAGCGCAGCGCAUCGCCUUCGCCCUC